UGUGCAACAAUUUCAGUACAAUCUUGAUAUUAUCCCCGACCGCACUUCUCUCGCUAAUAUGAAGAAAAAACCAUCUGAAAGUUUUCGAGAGUUUGCCAUAAAAUGGAGAGAACAGGCGUCUAGAGUCAAGCCGCCACUGAAGGACCAGGAACUGAUCGACAUUUUUCUCCAAACUCAAGAGUCCGAUUAUUUUCAUCAUUUACUAGCCGCGGUUGGUAAACCUUUCGCCGAAGCAAUAAAAAUUGGGGAAAUGGUGGAGAAUGGCAUCAAAUCAGGAAAAAUCAUGAGCCAAACCGCCCUCAGGGCCACUACACAAGCCAUUCAGAGUGGAUCAGGUAGUUUCGGAAAUCGGAAGAAGAAGGAGGAAGGAUCCAUGAUGGCGUCAGGACCGGGCAAUGCCCAAAGGGGAUGGAACUCCCCUUACGUUCAUGUCCAACAGGGACAACCUAGCCCUCCUCAACAUUAUUAUACGCCUCAACCUGCUGUUCUUAAUGCUCAAGCGUAUUCCCGACCUCCGCAGCGGCCACAAUGGCGGGCACCUGCGCCACAAGGUUUUCGUCCGCGCCAGCCGAAUUUACAAGCCCCUCGUAAUCCGUAUGUUACGGAAGACUAUACAAGGGAACAGAGGUCAAAGGAAAACUUCACCCCAAUUGGAGAGUCAUAUACGAGCCUGUUGCGGAAAUUAGUCAAAUUAGGAUGGAUUGAACCUGUUUUGCCUUUCAAAGUGGAUCCGAAUGCUAGUUGGUUUGAUCCUAAUGUAAGGUGUGAGUACCAUUCCAACGUCUAAGGUCACAGUACCGAAAACUGUUGGAGUCUGAAGAGAGCCAUUGAAAAGUUAAUCGAAAGUAAGGCAAUCGUAAUACAAAAAGAAGAAGCACCGAAUGUCACCGACAAUCCACUUCCUAAUCAUAGUAACACACACAUCGUGGGGAUGAUUUUUAACGAUAGAGACUGCAGGCCAACAAGCCAAGCAAUGCCAG